ACUACUCCCUGACGGCUCCCUUUGUCUCAGCGCCGACAUGCCGUGGGUACUCUGACCGACUUGUUCUCAAUCACGACUUAGGGGCGUGUGACAGCAGCAUUAUGUCGGAAGAGAGUGAGAUGGACAAGGCCUACAUCCGAGCCACAGUCACAUGCCGAUAACGAUUUCUGGCCUUAGACACCGGAGAGGUACGGAGGGACCACGACCGCAAUCUGCUCGGCAACAUUCACUGUCCGGCAGCAUUUCAUGGUUGAUCUACUGCUAGAGGCUUUUGAAAAUUGAGGAUAUACUAGAUCUUCAACCACAACAACCCCCGGCCGUCGGUUUAUUGUGCUGUCUGGAUCGAGGAAGUCAUCAAUUUUUGUCCCUGGACCGUGUUCAACACGUACACACCCACCUGGACUUCUGCUUUGAUUUUCUCCAAUUUACCUAACACCUCUUUACGUGGAGGCAAGAUGGUAACCCCUACAACCGGGUCCAAGGUUCCCAGACCGCCAGCGAACCCACUGUCAGAGGAGCGAGACAAGCCGCGGCUCACGGACGCAGAAAAGAAGAGGAACCAUAUCGCCUCUGAACAGAAGCGGCGCCAGGCCAUCCGGCUGGGCUUCGACCGGCUGAGCGAGAUCGUGCCCGGGUAUCGGGGCCAGGCCCGGUCCGAGGGCCUCGUGCUCAACGGCACGGCCGAGUACAUCCGCAAGCUGGCGCAGGAGCGGCGCGAGCUGCUCGAGGCGUGCGACGCGAACGGCGUCGCGGUCGACGACGAGAUGAGAAAGGCGAUAGACAAGUUCCCCUGGGAAUGGAUAGAUGGCUUGCUUAUGGAGAAGAGCGGUGCCGAGGGCAGUGAGGUGCCCGAAGGCAGCGAGCCUCCGGAGGGCAGCGAGCCUGCCGAUGGCGGGUGAUAGCUGAUUAUGGAGUACGGCUCUGUCGUUCACGGUUCGCGCGGAAGAGACGGGAGCAUGGAAUGCUAGGAAAUAUUGGCUGG